AUGGGACCUUUAUUUUAUGCGGAGAAAAAACUAUAGGAAAGUUUAGUAGAAAUUGAAAAGAUAAUUAAAGAGGAAGCUAUUAAAAUUUAUGCUGAUAAAUAGAAGUUCUUAACUGGAGCUGAUAAAAUUCCAGAUUAUCUUAGAGCUUAUAUUGAGAAUAUGUAAAGGAAUAUGAAUGAAUUCAGAAUAUAAUCUAUUAGAGAACUUAGGAAUGCUUGUGAAGAAUUAUCAGAAAUGUCCCCAAAUAUUAGUGAAAUGAUAUUAUUCUCAAAUCAUUAAAGAUGGAUUUUCACAUUGUAAAUGAUUAACUCUAAUUUAUGGAAUGAAUUACAAUAGGAGUAGAGUAAACAAGAGAAUCUUAAGAAGACCCAUUAGAAAUAACUAAGACCUAAUUUAGGAAAUCCAUAAUUAAAAGAAGAAUUAGAUGAUCUUAAAUCAAGGGAAUCAAAAAGACUUUCUGAUUUUUUGGAAUUAUUAUCAAAAUAUUAAGUAACACUUUUUGAUGAGAAUUUUAAUCAAGGAGACAAAUAUCUGAAAGCUGCAAGUUAAAAUUUUGAGUUUUUGAUUUUAUUAAAUUACCCUGGAGAUGAAUAAAUACAAAAGAAGCAUUAGAAUUUAAAAGUCUCUUUGAGAUAGAAGUAGAGCGGUUAGAUCAUAGAUACAAAUUCAGAAAGAUCUCUAAGUAAAACUUGGGAAGGAGUCUAAUUGGAAAUGUUUACUAUUGGGGAUAGAAUUAUUCAAUACAAUUGGCAAAUCAAUUAAGUUAUAAAGGUUGAUCCAAAGGAUGCAAAAAACAAAGCUCCAGAAGCUAAGAAACCUGCAGCAGGAGGUAAACAACAGGAGAUUGAGAAACCAGUUUAGACAAGCACAACACCAUUAAAAUCGUUUAAGACAUUUAGAUAGAUAUCUGCCAAACAUGAGUUCUUUAGGUCUGUUAAUGAAUUUGUGAUUGAAUACAAGAAAUAAGUUGAUUAUACCAAAGAUCAAAUUAAAUUACUGAGUGAAAGAGAGUUAAAGUUUUAAUUCAAAUGGGAAUAAAGCAUUGCUUCUUUGUGA